AUGCAGGAAGCCAGGACAAAUCAAGCGAAAUUAGAAUUAUAUGUACAAAAAGAUGAGCCAUAUUUUAAAGAGAACAUAUGGGGCAGAAUUGAGAGCUAUUACAAAGAAUGCAAGGAGCUAAUACAAAAAAUUAAAGAUGAACCCGAAAAGCCAGAGAUGGGAAUAGUGGAACAGGGCCGUCGGAAAGUAGAAGCGCUCGAAAAUCUUGGGGCAGUAAAGAACAUCGAGAAUAACAAUGAGGCAAUGGAGCAACAAUUUCGAGCGUUACAGGAGAGUAUGCUAAGCCAGUUCAAAUUGCAGCAGGAACAAUGGCAAAAACAACAAGAGCAAAUGAAGAUACAACAGGAACAAAUGCAGAAAUCUAUACAAGAGCAAAUGAGGCAGAUGCUGCAGUUUCAACAUCCAUAUGGAAAGAAUAAAGAAGGCGAAGAAGGAGAUGGAAAACUAACCAUUGUAACCACUUAUGCUAGCAGUGAUAAGAAAAAUGCAGUGCUUUCCCAAUUCAGAAGAAAGAUCCUGAAGCUUUCAGGCUCCAUAGAAGAAGAUAUUUCAGGAGUAAGUAAAUAUGCUCUGGAAAAUAUGAAGGUUUCAUGGGAAAAGCAAUUCGACGACAUAAAACGACUGCAUUUAGAAUUAACAACAGAACAUGGAAUGGAAGAAGUGGAUGAUGAAUUGGAAGAUAUUGAAAGGAAAAUGAAUACGAAAAUAAAUAAUAUUAUUUUAAAGAUAGGUGGCCUAAAAGAAGAAUCUCAGGCAGUGGAGUUAAAAAGAAUACAGAUUCCAUGUUUCAAUGGAAAUAUGGAGGAAUGGAGUUCCUUCCACGAUUUAUUUAAGAAAUUGGUUGAUAGGAACGCUCAACUAUCCGAGGUACAAAAGUUAUACUACCUCAAAACUAAUCUGAGAGGAGAGGCGUUUCGUUUGGUGCAACAUUUGCAAGUGACAGACGCAAACUACAAAGCAGCGUGGGAACUAUUAGAAAAACGCUAUGACAACAAACGAAUUUUAUUCACGAAAUUGAUUGAUAAAAUUUUGGAUCACCCGAAUAUAAACAGCCUAUCUGCAGCAAGCAUACGAAAUUUGGUAGAUAGCGUUAACGAAAGCAUACAUGCGUUGAGAGCAAUGGGUAUACCGUUGGAACAUGCGGACCCUAUAAUAGCCAGAAUAAUAAUAAGGAAAUUGGAUAAAGAUGGACUCAUUCAAUAUGAGCAGAACGUCAAAAAAUCAAAGGAGAUCCAAAAACUUGAAGAUGUAAUGGACUUCUUAGAACAGCAAUACCAGGCCUUGGAAGCAUCAACGAGCAAAAAAUAUGCUGUUUCAGCAACGUAUAAAAAUCAAGAUAAAUCCGGAGGGUUGGAAAAGAGGCAAUGCAGGUUUUGUAAGCUGAUUGGACAUGAAGUUGUGGCUUGUAGAAAAUUUGCGGCACAACCGGCAAACGAUAGAUUUAGUUGGGUGAAAGCGGCCCAAAUGUGCCUCAGAUGUAUUAAGCACUCAAAAGACAAAAGAUGCCUGAGUGAUUCCAAAUGCCAGAAGUGUGGAUUACAGCAUAACACAUUAGUCCACUUGGAAAAAACAAGCAACACAAAAUCCAUGACCACACAUGCAACAACAAAUGUUCUUCUUGCUACAGCUCAAGUUCGAGUCAAAUCUUGGUAUGGAGAAUAUAUCACUUUAAGAGCCUUGAUAGAUCAAGGAUCACAGAUAACUUCUGUAUCCGAAGAUGCGGCGCAGUUGCUACAAUUACCAAGAUCAAGGACUGAGGUGAGAUUACGAGGUCUAGGAGAUACCAUGGUGGGCGUUGCGAAAUCUAAAGUAUUGCUGAAGAUAAGGCCGAGAUUUUUCAGCAACAAUAAAAUUAUAACGGAAGCACUAGUCUUGCCGAAAUUAGCAUCAGCUCAUCCUGACAACAAUUUCCAUUACGACUUGGAGAAAUGGAAAAACAUAACUCUAGCAGAUCCAAAUUUUUAUAAUUCUGAAAGAAUCGAUCUGGUAAUUGGAGCGGACCUUUUCCAACAAAUAUUGGAAGAAGGUGUUCGCCAUGAAGAGAAGAUAGUGGCACAAAAUACAAAACUAGGAUGGAUUCUUUCCGGAAUAAUUCAGAUGAAAUUCGGAGGAAAUAACGUGAGAUCAGCUGCGACGACGACAAUAGAACGGUUUUGGGAAAUAGAAGAGAUUGAAGAUGAAGAAACGAUAGCAGAAGAUGAUUACUGUCUAAAACUAUAUGAGGAAACAACACGAGUCGAUCAAGCUGGAAGAUUUGUAGUGCGAUUGCCAUUUGCUGAAGACAGACGUUUGGGAGAAUCAUAUAAAAGAGCAAUGGCGAGAUUUUUAAGUCUAGAGAAAAGAUUAGAAGGAUGUCCGAAAUUGAAAGCAGAAUACAUAAAAACAAUAGAUAAUCUAAUUACAACUAAACACAUGGUGAAAGUAGAAAAGAGAAAACAAGGAAAAUAUUAUAUGCCGCAUCAAGCAGUGAUACGUGAAACCAGCUUAACCACAAAAGUAAGAGUGGUGUUUGAUGCAUCGUCGAAAACAUCAAAUGGAAAGUCGCUGAAUGACAUUAUGCAUACAGGUCCAAAGUUGCAAAAGGACAUAUUUGAUAUUAUUACCAAAUGGAGAACUUGGAGAUUUGUCAUAUCAGCCGAUGUAGAAAAAAUGUUUAGACAAAUAAACAUAGACAAAGAAGAUCAAGAAUACCAAUAUGUCCUGUGGAGAAAUAACAAGAGCGAGCCAGUGCAACAAUUCAAACUCACCACAGUGACAUAUGGCACCGCAUCAGCACCGUUUUUGGCACCAAAAGAAUAA